AUUUUGAAUUCAACCUUUACUAGUGGAUGCUUGAAGGCUGAAGGGUUCAAUAAAUAAAUCAAUUUGAAGCAGGAAAGCUUAUUGUCCAAGCAAUAAGACUGACCAUUAUAAAAUGACUUCAUUGGUAGAAUUGUUAACAUAUCUCUCUGUCUCUCUCUCGUCUCUAAGCAUGGCUGAGUUGAAGCUACUCGGGUCAUGGCCUAGUCCUUUUAGUUACAGAGUGAUAUGGGCUCUGAAACUAAAGGGCAUACCCUAUGAAUACAUAGAGGAAGAUCUUUCCAACAAAAGUCCCCUCCUUCUUCAACACAGUCCAGUUUACAAGAAAAUCCCUGUGCUUCUUCAUGCUGGAAAACCAAUUUGCGAGUCCAUGAUUAUCCUUGAAUACAUCGAAGAGUUUUGGCCACAGAUUCCCUUGCUGCCUUUUGACCCUUUUCAGAGAGCUAUUGCUCGCUUUUGGGUUAAGUUUGCUGAUGAUAAGAUCCCUGCAAUGUGGAUAGUCUACAGAAGUAGCGGCAAGGAACAAGAGAAGGCCAUGAAGGACACCGUGGAGAUGCUGAGAGUCAUCGAGGAACAUGCCCUCGGAAGCAAGAAAUUUUUUGGUGGGGAAGAGAUUGGAAUGGUGGACAUUGCCUUUGGACAGAUUGCAGAAUGGUUGGGAGUUAUAGAAGAAAUAGUAGGGGUGAAGCUGCUUGAAGAUCACACAUUCCCUCGCUUGCAUGCAUGGAUCCUCAAUUUUAAGGAAGUUCCUGUAAUCAGAGACAACCUUCCUGAUCAUCACGAAAUGUUUGUCUUUUUCAAACGUAGGAGGGAAUUGUUACUGUCAUCUUCACAAGAUCAAUAGUGUCCGUCUAAAUUAACUUGUGACUUGGGUCUCCAUGUUUUCCUCUUAAUUUGUAUCCCCUGGCUAUUUUUUUUAACGUGAAAAACUAAUUAGUA